UCAACCACCGCUGAUGACAUACAGUUUUCCAAAACACACUGAAGCCCGUAUAUAAGAAGCGCGCGUCAAAACUGAGAGGAACUUCUAAGCACAAUGAUUCCGGCACUAAUCACACUCAUCAGCCUUUGCACACAUGCAGGGAGAGCUCUGCGAGUGCAGCAGCCCUACCGGGUGGAGGCCACGGACGGGGAGGCGAGGCUGCGGUGCUCCUACGCGGUGCAGGGGUCCCCCGAGGAGAUGCGCCUGACGCUGUACCGCGGGAAGUUCGGGGACGACCUGGUGUGCCAGCGCACCUUCAACACCACGCAGUCCCACUUCCAGACCGACGGCCCCGUCGUGCGCUGCCGGGGGGAGCUCGUCCCCGGCACCCCCGGCACCCACGGCACCCGCGGGGGCGUGGACCUCACCGUCUCCGGGCUGCGGGGGGAGGACACCGACAUAUACCGCUGCCAGCUCGAGGUCCUCUACCCGCCCCCCUACCUCAUGAAAUACGGGAACGGCACCAUCGUCUACAUCCCGGAGAAAACGGACUGUCCAACACCAGCGUCCCAGGCGCAGGACGAGCCCCAGAGCACACAAGUCGUCCUGCCCAUAGCGGUGAUGGCCAUCUUCAUCAUCAUCUUCAUCAUCGCCAUAAUUUCUAUCUACAUGUUCUUCAACACGAGUCAGCGGAAGAGAAUGUACCCGCACAUGACACCAGUGACCUCAAACAGAGUGGACUGCAGAUUCGGUUAUGAGAAUUUCCUGUAAAUUUAAGAUUUGAUACGUUGCGGAACAUAAAGUGUGUGUGUGUGUGUGUGUGGGGGGGGGGGGGGGGUGUGCAGAUUUCAUGUGUAACUGCCAUUCGUUAACAUUAUAUGUUAAUCACUGUAUUUUUUUUACCAUACUUUACAAUGUGAGGUUUCUGAGUAGCCUUCUGUAUAUGCAGAGUAUAGGUUUUUUCAAACGACAGGAGACAGUGGUUUGGAUCGAAUAUGUGCUGAUAUGCAUAAAAAUGUGCAAAUAUUUAUGGAAUGUAUUUUCACAUUCAAAUAGCAUUUUGAUUUAUAGUUCAUAUUCAUGAAUAUUAUUUAACAUAUUUCAAAAAAACAUCUUGUUGCUGUCAGCUGUCAUAUUUUAUUUCUAAUUUCAUGUGAUAUUUCCAUAACAUAGGUCUUCUGUGACCACGUAGCAUUUUUUAAAAUGAUGUUCUGAAGUUGCCCACUAGUACAUUUAUACAAUCACAGAUGAGUGGUCAGUAACUUCCACUGCAGUGUGCUGGAGUAGCAAACAAAGAAAUGUUCUGCUUGUCACUGUACAAUAUCUCUAAUACUUAUUGUCUGACAUGAUUUUUCACAUUUUUAAGCAGUUUGUAUAAAAAUAAACGAAACACUGAACGACG